GCCAGCCAGAGCCCCCGGAGCCCAGCGCAAGCGCAGCAACCUGGCGCGAUCAAAGGCACCUCUUUCUGGAUUUAUUCGAACAAACACCACCACCGAUCCUCCAAACCUGCCAUUCUGUCAUAUUCCUCGAAUAACCUCGCUUGAACUUCGGCACCACCAGACACAAUCACCAUGGCUGACAGAUUCCCAUCGUUGGAGGACUUCGACUCCGGCGCCCAGACCGGCGUCCAGGAUGCCUCCGAGGUUCCCACAACCAGCAACUUCCUAGAGCGCGAGAAGGCCAUUCUCGGUGACGACGCCAACCAGUUCGCGACAGUCGAGGACGCCGGCUUCGACGAGGAUGACGACGACCUGCUAGGAGGCGGCAUCUCUGCCACCGGCAAUAACAGUGCUGCGUUUGAUAGCCAAUUCCCUGACAUCACCAGCCCAAUUGAGGGCCUCACACCCCCCGCCGGAACCACCACCAUCACCGGUCCCUCCGUCAGCUACAACUCCGGCUACAACGCUUACGCCCAAGAGGAGGAGGAGCCCCAAGUGAUUAAGGAGUGGAGGGAGAAGCGGGACGCCGGCAACGCCAAGCGGGCAGAGCAGUUCGCUCAGCAGCGCGCCGAGACGGUCAAGGAGGCCCAGCAGAACAUCGAUGACUUCUACGAGAACUACAACAACAAGAAGGAGAAGACCAUUGCCCAGUCAAGGAAGGAGGCUGAGGAGUUCCUGGCCAGCCGUGAGGACACCACAUCGGGCGGCACCAGCUGGGAGCGCAUCGCCAAGAUUGUCGAUGUGAGCGGCAAGGGCGCGAAGGGUGGUGCUUCGGGCUCUGGCAAGGAACGAUUCAGGGAGUUGCUGGUCAGCUUGCGCAAGGACGAGAAGGCCCCCGGUGCUGAGGGUUAUUAAACCUGUUGAGACUUGGAGGUUGGAAGCUGAAAGGUGUGGUGACGAUACCCAUCAUAAAUUACAACGAGGAGCCAUGGCCUAUUCGCAUUAAUGUACUUUUAGAUGGGGCUUUAUAUAUUUGCUGCACAGGACUUCUCGGGUUUUAAGGGUGUAGGCGUCAAAAGAUCAAUGGGAGCACAGCUUUUUUUUUGCCAAAGGAACAUAUAGCAUACAAAAAGUGACUUGAAUACAACUG